ACCGCACAACGCACACAACCCGAGGGAUGGAUGGAUAAUUGCAUCGGUAGGUGUUGUUGUACCUGCUGUGGUAUGGUUGGUGGUUACAUCUCCAAACGGCCGCACCAGUGGCGAUUUUGAACGCUUUCCAGUCGCUGGCCGGAAUGAGCGAGAAAAAAGGAGGACGUCUCGAAUUCUCGACGCGGGCCCCAAUCUCGCCCCUCAACCCCCGCGUCACCAACGAAAGUUCAUGAGAGCUAUCGCCAUCCUCGAAUGGGGUGAGCAUCGCAACAAAAGCCGCCAGCUUCAUAAUUGCGCCUGUUGCCUGUUCGUCAGGGCCGCCCGGUUUGCGCGGUGUGCAUCCCCACCAGAAGUUGAAGGUGCGGACCGACUGGCUCGACCACGGGCCUGUGCUUCCGCCCUUCCUCUUCAUCAGGGGCGAAGAAACCAAACCGGAAAACCUCGUCAAAGUCCGAUUCGCGUUCUCAGGUAACUACACACCGCGCACGAAGAAGCGGACACCUUCCCUAUUAUGUGAUGUUGGCAGCCUAUGAUACUUUGGACUAUGCCAUCCGCAACCUCAGGAAAGCCUUUGGCCACUGCUACCCCGAGGCAAUCGGUUGGCGAACAAGGCGCACAAUGCCAUGGGGGGUUCUCUUGGUGUGUAUCGGCCUGUCGGUGCGUGUUUUCAGGCUAUGUGAGCACGUUGGCGAAUCGGCACCGUUGCCGGAUAGAGCACCUGCCACUGAUGGAGAAGCUGCGGCGCUGGGCGAUGCUGGCGCACAUCGAUGUAUGUGAUGGAUGGAUAGAUGGGUGAAUGGACAGCGACCCGGAUGGACAUCUGGGUGUGGUUGAUGUUUGUAGGCCAUUCUGUGGAUCGACUACGACAACUAUAGAAGGAACAAAGUACUAAAGAGGAAAUACGCGGCCGUCAGUCAGUCUGUCUGUCUGUCUGUCUGAUUGUCUGUCAUGUGUGUCCGGCCGCAGGUGCCUCCCGGCCCUCCCCCCCUUCACGCAUCGGUGCCAUACGGUCCCAACAUCCUCGAUGUCAUUGUGGAAGGGGGCGCAAAGCCCAGCAAGGCGUCGGACCGCGCCGACAAACCCAAGCAAAAAGACCCCAGGGACCAACGAGAACACGAUCAAGACAAGAAAAGGAUGUCUGACCUCGACAUAGAGUUCGUGUCAGCGGGCAUUUUGCCCAGCCUGCGGGGCGAGAACCACCCCAGAAGGGUCUCUCACACAGUGGCGGAGAGCAGCCAGCCUCGGCUGGGCUCGGUCAUGUCUGAGCAGCCACCCGUUGUGAGCGCCACCCCCACCCUCCCUCCCGUGGCACAAGCUAAAGCGGACACGCCCCCGUCGCACCUGACAGACACGGAGAGGGCCCAGACCAGCAGACGGCCGUCGCGCACCGCGGCUGAGGUCACUAGAAGAGGAUCGUCUGGCCCAGAGGGGGAGGUCAUGUCUCCCAAGGACUCGGGCGGUGCUCGGAAGAAGGCCAAGCUCAAAGAAGAUGGGGAGGCUGCUGGAGAGGAUGAGAAGGCCGCAAAGGGGUCGACACUCGUGUCCAAAAUCCUGGUGAGACACGAGCAGCGGCCGAAUGAUGGCGUGUGUUAUGUAUGUCUGUAUGUGUAUGCAGGCCCGUGCAGCCGAGAUGGAUGACGAGCUGCAGCUGGAAGUGGUGAGCCGGAAAGGGCAGGCAGGGAGGGCAGGAAGGAUGAUUAUCGUGCGGCAUGCAUGUACAAUAUUUCCCUCUACUAUCUGUCUCGCCUGUUAGAUCCGUCCUUUCGGCUGCAUUUAUCCACGAUCCUACACACCUGGUGCGCCACUAGCGACACAGCACACACCAGCACAUUCCAACAUCCUUCGUCUGCCUCACUCACGCAGGGCCUGGCCGCUACUCUCUCAUUGCUCGAUCCCAAUUCGGGUGGGUCACGGCUGGCCGCGAGAUCACACAGACACCUGAAUGACAUAUCAUGUGGUUGGUUGGUUGGUUGAUCAGCAAACCUCCUCCCUUCAACGAUCCCUAUGCGUCCCCCCCGCCCCGCUGGUCACGCAAAGGGCCAAUGUUCAAGGGCAAACCCCUCCACACGUUCGACCAGCUGGCCAAGAGAGCGAAGGAGGUGCCGGCCUCAUGGGAUUAUUUCGACCACACACAUGAGUUGGCCUAUAAGAGCUUCGGUGGCAGCAUUCCUCCGUCGCCAUCGAUGUCCACCUCACGAUAUGUGUCGACCCUCGAGCCAUCCACCACUCUGCGCUCAUCGGCCCAGGACGCGUCGACCAUCGGUGGCCCCAGCCUGACGGAGCCGGAGGGGUCGAUGUCCACCCCCAAGCAGCACAGAGUGCCGCCUCUCAAGCUGGGGGGUAAGCGGCUGGUUUUGUCGGUGUACGUGUGUCUGCUGCUGGGGGAGGGAUGGGUGGGUCAUGUUAUUCAUGUCUCAUGUGGUGUUGACUUUGUGUGCAGGCCACUCGUUUGCGGUGGAGAAGAAGAUGAAGCUGCCCACAGAGGUAGACACGCACUCACUCACUGACUCAGUUGAUGAGGGGUAGCCAGAGGUGCACGCAUUGGUCUGCACGCGUGUCUGUACAAGUGCUACACACGUACACGGCAACCCCUCUGCACAUACGACAACGAAUGUCUCCAUUAUCUCCGCCUGCCUGCCUGCCUGCCUGUCCUUUGCCUGCAGCGAGGCGUCAAAGUGCUCUCAGCCGCACUCGCAGCAAAGGAGAACCUCUUAGUACACGGCAGUGGUAUGCAUCCGUCCAUCCAUCCAUCCAUGAAUCGAUGAACACACAGAGCCAAACUAAUCACGUGUGUGUGUUUCUUACUGCAGGGAAGCUCUACUGGCACCUUCUCACCGAGCGAUCGAACCCCAAGCGCAACUCGCCUCGCUUCUCUGCGCCAAAAUCGCCUCGGUUCUGAUACGCUUCCUAUGCUAUUCUGUCUCUCUCUCUUGCUGCAGCCCAUGUGUUUAUUGAUACGCCCAUUCACGAAUCCGCCAGCCAGCUGAGCUGCUCUCUAUUCACCAACCAAUGCAUCCAUCCAUCCACUCGUCAACGGUCCCCAUUUUUGCCCGGGCUGGCCUUGCUCGCUCGUUUGGUGGUGGACACGACAGACAGAGACUCUUUCUUGCAUGCGACUGCCCUCGACCGACCGACCGACCGACCGAUGGACACCUCCUGUUGACUCGUA